GUUGAAGGCAGGGGGCUAUCCUUGAUUGAACGCUGCGCUAUUAAACCUCAACUCCUCCAAAAUGGCUGGCCAGGAAGAUCCAGUCCAGAGAGAGAUUCACCAAGAUUGGGCGAAUCGAGAGUACAUAGAAGUGAUAACGAGCAGCAUAAAAAAAAUCGCCGACUUCCUUAACUCAUUUGAUAUGUCGUGUCGAUCACGAUUGGCCACCCUCAAUGAGAAGCUCACAGCGUUGGAAAGGAGGAUUGAAUACAUUGAGGCGAGAGUGACGAAAGGAGAGACCUUGACCUAGACAUCAUCAUGGGAGUGCAUAACAUCCAUGAGCUACCUGACCACCCCCCUCCCUGAAUUCUUUUGAAUAAGUGUGAUGGAUUCCACCCUUACUUUUUUUGAAACCUUGUGGACCAUUUUUAUAUUAUAUGGUUUUGUGUUUUUUUUCUUCUCAAGAACAUAUGGGUCUGUCUUGGAUUUCGGUGACUCAAUCAUCAUCAUUGUUACAAAACAAAAAUGAGCUCCAUAUGUAUUGUUAACAAAUAUUUUGGAGCUCAAUUAUGGAUAUGUUGUCAGUGUGACAACGUGUGUUGUAUACAGUGUCAUUACCACAUUUAAGAUUUAUGAAAGGGGAUAUCCUUGUGUGCCAAGAACAAUAAAUUCUCUAGUCAUCUUAAUUGAGGACCUGCUUGUACAGUGAACUGUGUGGUGAUGUAUCAGGUUUUAAAUACUGUAAUAAAUGAUAAAAAAUG